UAGGAAGCAUCUGUGGGACACAGAUGGUCUCCGGAGGAGCCUAGCCAGGGCUGGAUUGGAUCCCUCCAAAGACAUCCUCUUUCCUCUUGCUCUGUCCUGGCCGUUGAUUGAAACCAGAGCCUGCCUGCCACAGGGGUGUGAGAAGAGGGCGGGGAGAGGAGGGCAGCUCAUGCUGCUGGAGUUAUUAGUGUUUGGUUCUGAGUGGAAAGCAGAGGAUCUGGACGUGGGGCUCUAUCUGCACCCACCUCACGCCGCCAAGUGGGUCAGAGGAGAUGUGAUGCCCUGUUCCUUGCAGGGAAGAAGAGGCUCCCAGAGAAAGUCUGGAGGAUGUUGCUGCUGCUGGUGAUGGGUCUGGCUUGGUCCUUCCAUGGAGCCUCCUGCUUGCCACAUCCCUACGGAUUCACGUGAGCAGAAGAGGAGGCGGAAGGGCAGUGCCAGUGUGUGCCAGAGCUGUGCCCCAGAGCCACAGCCUGCCCAGCCGGCUUGGUGCGUGACCACUGCGGCGGCUGCCUGGAGUGUGGGAAUGCCAAGGGGCAGCCCUGCGACCUGGAUGGCAGUGACACCUUCUAUGGUCGGUGCGGGGAGAACCUGGAGUGCCAGCUGGACAUCCAGGGGCUAGGCUAUGGGGGGAUCCCCGAGCUGCAAUGCAUGUGCAGGUCCCAGAGGGCCAUGUGUGGCUCCAAUCACAUCACCUACCAGAACAUCUGCAAGUUCCAGGAGGCCGUGCAUGAGAGAGACAGGUGGAACCUCAGCAUCACAAGUGAUGGGCCCUGCCAAGCAGUUCCCCAGAUCAAGCACCAUCCCCAAGACCAGGUGAAUGUGUCUGGCUAUGAUGUGAUCUUCAUGUGUGAGGUCUUUGCCUACCCCAUGGCCCUCGUGGAAUGGAGGAAGGAUGAAGAAGAAUUCGCUCUACCUGGAGAUGAUCCUCACAUCUCCAUCCAAAAGCUGCUCCCCCUGCCCUGUUUAGCUCCCCAGUGAACCCAGGAGAAGAGGCUCCCACAGCCAGCAAGGAAGAGGAGGAUUACUGUGAAUAUUACUAACGUGGUGCCAUCCCUCCCCACGGCUGACCAACCCUGCUGCAGAAAUCAGAAUGGGCAACGACAGGAGAGGGGAAGCAGAUGAGCCUGAAGGGCAGGGCUUUUCCGGCUUCCUCUGGCUGGUGCUAAGAUGCCCUGGAUUCUGUGAUCCUAACAGCCAUGGGCCAGGUCUCUCAUGAGGGACAUUAGGAUAUGGGCAAGAAGCUCUGAAGCUGACUCUCCUGCCACUGGCUUGCCUGGGGAAUGGGUGAAUGGACUCUUGAGGGUUAGGAAGUGCCCCUACCUAGCAUGCUCUAACCCCAUACCCUUCAUUCAGGCAGUGGUGUUCCAAGGGGUCAAAGGGGCCGUUCUACUGAAGGAGCCAAAUGGACAUUGACUAGAUGGCCUUACUGCUACUGAACGCUGCAGUAACCACCUGUCCUCUGGAGAGCUCUGGCUCGCUACUGCGCAAUGUGGUGCUCUCACAGGAAGGGAGGAUCGGGCGUUCACACUCAUAACCCUUCCAUAGAGGAGUGAAGAGGGGCUAGCACAAAGCCUGGGCAUCACUUCAGUCCCACUUAGUCCCUGCUGUGCAAAGGGCCAGCACGAGGGCUAUGCUAAAGAGAAGCACAGGCUUUCUCUCAUCUUCGGUACCCAGGUAAAUGUCACUCAGGGCCUGCAUUUUAACGCCCCACAUUCCGCUGGGGAACAGGGGGGUGCUGCUGAGGUUACAGUUGUAAAGAUCCUACAGUGCUCCAGGGGUGGUAAGGGCUGAGUUGUAGGGGAAAGAAAAAUGAUGUGUGUGCAGUGCUGGGGAGCACAGUUGGCAUGAUUUCCCUCUAACCUAGCCAGGAGGAGAAGAUUGGAGCUGGAUGCAUUUCGGGGGAACCUUAGGGAGGAGCACAGGUUCUCUGCACCCCCCUGCAGUGCAUCAGAAGCAGGACUGUACCCAAGCCUGUCCCAGCAGAUGCAGGAUCCCAAUGCAGCCUGGGCGCUCCUCUUGCCAGAGGAUGCAGAGGGUCGAAGGGAUGGGGGUGGGAGCGAGGGAGAGUGGAGAGUGGAGACUGGAGAGUGGAGCACCUAGUUGAAAGGAGGCUAUAUCUGGUUUGCAAGCACUCAAAGAAAGAAAAUGAUUAGCUGUGAAAGAUGCUUCCUAUGAGACCUGUAACAGUUUAUAUCCUAUCUGCAGCGAGGGUAUAAAUAACAGCCUGUUUCCGGGUAGAGAAGAGCCUGGGUCUCAUGUAUAUUUUAAAUGAUUCCAAAUAAUUUCAUUCCUAGUUAUGUCCAGCUGGUGGUGGAAUGUGAUCUCCUGUGGUUUCUUGCAACGAUAACACUUUGCCUUCUAUGUUUGCAAACAUCAGCUGAUUCAGCCUCACAGGAGCACAUCAUUAUCUUCAUUUUACAGAUGGGGAAACUGAGUUAUAGGGAGGGCAAAAAAGUGACUUGCCCAAGGUCAUGCAGUCAUGAGCAGAGAGGCAAUAAUCCCUCUCUGUGGGCCAGGUUUCAUUGUCAGAGAAGCUUGCCCUUUAAUUAGGUGCUUAAGCAGGUGCUGAAGGUCUUCUGAAAACCUGGACCCAGCUGUGGAUGCUGAGACUUACUGAAAGUUCUGGCGUCUGAUGUCUCCAGGGUAACCACAUCUGGAAUAUUGUGUUCAGUUCUGGGCACCACGUUCCCAGACGCACAUCGACAGACUGGAAGGAGUUCAGAGAAGAAUGACAAGGAUGAUCAAGGAGGUAAGCAAAGAUUAAAAGAGCUAAAUCCAUCUGGUUUAGCUAAGCAAUCACUGAAAGGGGACAUGGUAACAGCCUGACAAUAUUGGAAGGCUGUGAACUCCCAGAAAGGAGGAGGGUUAUUUAUGGGGAUGCAGGGGAUUAACUAGGAGGAACGGGAUCACAGUUAUUAUUUGUAUUGCAGUAGCCUGAGAGCCCACAGCCCCUUUGUGCUAGGCGCUGUACAAAUAUAUAGCAAAGAGACAGCCCCUGCCACAAAGAGCUUGGAAUGCAAGUAAUGGUACUAGGAAAGGGAAUAUCAGGACAGCCUUCCUGAUGGUGAGAUCCGUCAGGUGGUCUGGGAGCUCCAUCACUUGGGACAUUUAGGACUAAACUCUAGAAAACAGGCAGUAGGGAAGAAUCCUGCGUAGGUCUCUUCUAUGAACCCAGGAGUCCUGGGUUCCAGUUCUCUGCUCUAACUGCGAGAGCAUGUGAAUGCUCGCUUGCCAAAGGUCUUUGCAGUAAAUCCCCUGUAUAAUAUUAGGACUAGCACAAGGUGCUCCCACACAGGUACUUCGUGGGCAAUCAUGGCCCCUUCCACGUUCUUGGGGAAGAGGGUGUGUUAGUGUGAGUUACAGCUUGGUACCCCCCAAAGAGCCCCAGAUCUGAAAUGUCCAUUGCAAAGACCCUUGCACUGAUCUGAACUCAUUGGAAUCUCUGGCUAACACUUCCCCAUCCCAGGUGCCAUCUCCUCUUUCCCCAGCCCUUCAUCCCAAUUCGGGACCUCUCAGGCAGGACAGGAGCAGUUGUGUGUGACCCACAGCUGGGCUUAAAGGGACAGUGGUCUGGGAUGGCCACUUACUUUCCCCCUCCCACCCUUUUCCUCUCACCCAGUGGCUACUUCUGUUAUUCCAAACACCUGGAACAGAGUAACUGGCCUUUCACAUGACCUUCAAGUGCCAGUGCCCCAUUUCAGCAGGGAUUAUAUUUUUCUGUAGGUGUGGACAGCACCGAGGACAUUGUGGUCUCUACCAUCAAGCAAAAAUUAUUAUAAUUAUUAUUAGCAAUAAAGUG